CCAUGUUGGCAACUUUAUAAACACGGAGCGGAUUCAGUCGUUUGGUAACUGUUGCUCCUAUCAGUCGUUCUCUGUCGCUCUUGGAUUGCGUGGGCACAUCGGUCGUUCGGCAUUUUGGGUUCGGCAUUUCGGGAUUUGAUAUCGUUAUUCGGGUCGGAUUCGUAUAAACCUGCGUCCGUGUGCGUUAGCCGGCCAUUGAGCACUAUCGCUGCCACUGGCAUUUGGCCCACCGUGUGUGUUUACAAGUGUGGCAUAAUCUUCGAUUAGCGCAACCCAACCGAUCGGAUAUACCCCUUGAAAAUAACAAAUACUAGCGAGGAGUUAAAAAAGCAUCCAAACACACACUGCACACCCCAAAACACACACACACACACGUCACAUAAAAAAUAUAAACCAGAGCCCCAGCGGCCGUAAAGUGCCACCAAAACGUACUUGGCCGUAUAUUUUAUGCAUGAAAAGCUAAAGCAAGUGCAACCAAACGCCUGAGUGACACCAAGAAAAAAAUACACAUACAUAUAAGGAAACCCAAAAAAACAAAACCGGGAUUACCGCACACUCAUACGCUCACGCUCAGUAGAAAAAAUACGCGAAGCCAAAGGAAGUCAGCAGCAAAAUCAUGUCACGGAUCGUUUUUAUAUGUCUCGCAGCCAUCUUAACAGAUGCACUCACCUGGGCCCAGGUGAAUGUGGAACCCAACACAGCGCUCCUCAACGAAGGCGAUCGCACCGAGCUGCUCUGCCGCUACGGCAGAUCCAUCAACUACUGCCGCAUCGAGAUUCCCGGCGAGCAGAAGGUCCUCAACCUGUCGCCGGAGUGGAGCAAGACACCCGGAUUCACGUACUUCGGAGCGGGUCUCACGGCCGGACAGUGCGGCGUGAGCAUCGAGAGGGUCAAGGCCAGCAACAAUGGCCAGGUCAAGUGCAGUCUGGGCGUUGAGGGAGAGGAGCUGUCGGGCACCAUCGAUCUGGUUGUGGCACUGCGUCCCCAGCAGCCCAUCAUCGAGCUGCUGUCGCGGCCAAAUCGCGAGGGAUACUUCAACGAGGGCACUGAAUUCAGGGCCCGCUGCAGCGUUCGCGAUGGCCGUCCGCCGGCGAACAUCUCGUGGUACAUCGACAACAUGCCGGCCAACAAGCGCACCACUCCGCUGGAGGUCAUGUCCUCGACCAACGACAACGUGGAGCUAUCGACCUCCGUACAGGAAAUCCAGUGGCACCUGUCGCCCGAGGACAGCAACCGGAAACUGGUCUGCCGCUCCCACCACCAAACCGAUCGCGAGAGUGUGCCGCCCCAGGAAGCUGCCUACAUCAUCAACGUGCGCUAUGCACCCGUCCAUCAGCCAGAUGCCGCCGUGUAUGGACUCUACCUCGAGCACACUGCCAUCGUGAACAUAACCAUCCGCGCCAGUCCGCAGCCCAAGAUCGAGUGGACCAUCGAUGGAGCGAUUGUGGGGCAGGGACGCACCGAUGGACGCUACUCGGCGUAUGAGCCGCAGUAUCUGGGCAACGAUGAGUACAACGUGACACUGGCCAUUGCCGGACUGACCCUGGAAGAUACCACCAAAAUCUACAAUCUGAGGGCCAGCAAUGAACUGGGACUGACGGACUACCAGGUGCGAAUCAGUUCGUCGAGCAAACCGCCCAGCAGCAGCCUUGAUGUGGCCGCAAUCGUUGGCAUCGUGGUCGCCGUUGCCGUUUUGGUCCUGGUCGUUUUACUGAUUGUGUUUGCACGGGCUACUGGCCGAUGGUGUUUUGGCGGCAAAUCAAUCAAGACGCCCACAAACGAAACCAGCGACACCGAAAGCGCCGAUAUAAAAGCCACGUCAACAGCCACGGCCACAACCACCAUGGGCGGAGUGGGCGUGUCGGCCGAGGAGGAGGAAACCGUUAACGAACAGGAGAGCCCGCAGGAACAACAGCAGCAGCAGCAGAAGAAGGCCAAAAGAUUGCCCGCUUUUGCCGCGGCAAUUUUAAGGCGUUUCAAUGAAAAGGAUUCGCGGAAGUACAAGGAUAAUCAGGAGUCGUUGAAUAUUGUGGAAGGAAGCGUACAGGAGAUUCCAGCGACCAAUAAUGCCAUCGAUGGCAAUGACAAUGAACCAAAGCAAGACAAACAACUCGUCUAUGCUGAACUUGUACUAAAACCAGCCAAUGAGGCGACAACAGCAACAACACCAGCGCCAACAACAGCAGCAUCAGCAGCAACAACAACACCGGAGGGCUCUGGAGCCGGGGUCAAAAGUUCAACGGAAUACGCCGAAAUAGUCUAUGUGCAAAAGGGAGGCGAAGGAAAAAAAUAAUCUAGCCCAUCAAUAUAAAAAUCCCUGGGAGGCUGACACAGUAACAAAUAACAGAUGAAUGCACAAAAAUUAAGGAGCAGAAACGUAAAUAGAAACCCAGUGCAGCAUAAAAGUAAACUCUACGAUGAUAUUAAGAAUACAAAACAAAAAAAAGUGAACAAAAUGUCAAAAGUGGUUUUUCAAAAACUUCUUGAAUGUGUGUACUAAAAUCUAACGAAAUGUGAAACUAAGAACAUUAAAGCGUAAAAAUAAACUUAUACAGAAUAAACUUACUUCUCCGCACAGAAAUCUUGACACAAAACACAUCCUCUAAAUCAGAAACCCUCCUCCUCCCUCAGCCCACACAUUAAAUCAAAUUUACAACCAGAUAAACAUAAUAAGAACCUUAAAAAGCUAAAAGAAUAUUUGCAACAAAAAAACUAAAUAUAUAUAAAUAAAAUUUACAUAAACAUAGGCAAGAAAAAGAAACCAUUUGAAAUCUCAAUUAUUUACAUAAAUGUCUCGCAUUUAAGCUAAAUGUAAAUUUAAGACAAGAAGCAAGAAAAUUAUGAAAAUACGCGAAAUUUAAGUAAAACUAUUUAAACGACCUUUAAAUUAUUUUUACACAAACCUUUUUUACACAUCGCCGUUUUGACUAUGCAAAAUUAGGAACAGUAACAAUUUAGGCAGCCAGAAAAAGCAUUUAAACAAAUUAAGGAAACAAUUAAAAGGGGAAAGUAUUCACCGAAAUCUCUUGCAACUGAAAGUAUUCUAUCAUAAACAAUUUGGUUUGUCUUGUCUCUUAACGACGUCCAUCCAAUUUCCUUACAACUGGCAAUUAAUGUUAUUAUUUAACACUUUUUACACAAUUACGUAUUAAUUAAUUAUUGAAUAAGUUAAGUGCAUAAAUAAAUGUACUCUCAUGAUGAUGAUUGAUUUUUGUAAGUUAUAAUUUGUAUAAAGUUAAGCUGAACAAGAAACUUUUUGAAUAAAAUUCUUUACCGUA